ACCGACGUCCUGACCUAAAUAUAACCUCCAAAAAUCAACUGUCAAUUUAAAAAAAGGGAAGCAUGGAUUAUUUUCGAAAGAGAAUUAUUAAUUAUUUUAUUAGAAGGUACACAACAAAGGUUAAAACUCAGGUUAUUUUAGACGAAAAUGUUCUAAAUAACAUUGAAAAAAAUGUUUAUAAUCCCAAAAAACACCCCGGCCUUUUUAAACCACGCCAAAUUCCUAUUCCAGAAGCAUUCAUAAGAGCUGUCACUAAUGUUAUAGCAGAUUAUCCAGUGAAAGGGUUAAUAGAAGAUGGCAAAACUUUAAUUAAUCAUUUAAGAGCCAAAAAACCUCCCGUUGAAAAAGACGAAAUGGGAAAAAUACAACGCAUUGUGUAUCAGAAAGUGAUGGAGAAACAGAAAAUUCCUCAAAUGGAAACUGAAGAAGACAGAAGAAAAUUCCAACAAGUAGUAGAUACUAAAGUCCAUAAUCUUUUAAAGUCUGGAGUUUACAACUGGAAGCCUGUUCAUUACACCGCAUAUGAAGCUUUAGUUUAUUUAAUGUCUAGAUCAGCUGCAGAGUUUUCAGUCUUGGCAAGAAUAUUUUUGGAAAUAGCUGAAAGGGAUCCAGGAUUUCAGCCCAGGAGUCUGUUCGAUUUCGGGUCUGGCGUUGGGACAGUCACAUGGGCGGCAAAUUUAUAUUGGAAAAAGUACAUAUUCGAAUACUUCAACGUGGACUCAUCCAGGGACAUGAAUGAUUUGGCCCAAAUCCUGCUACAAGACGGAAAAGGCACAAAUAAAAUCUCUCUGCGAGGUGUUUUUUAUCGCCAGUUUUUGCCAGCAACUAAUACUUCGUACGAUUUGGUUGUUUGUGCUUACACAUUGCUGGAAUUACCAUCUCGACAGGCCCGAUUUGACACCAUUUUAAAUUUAUGGAACAAAACACAAAAAUAUCUUGUUAUAGUCGAACAAGGCACUAAUUCCGGAUUUCAAGUUGUCAACGAAGUAAGAGAUUUUAUCCUCCAUACGGGUGUUGGACAUAUUUACAGUCCAUGUCCACACGACAAAGUGUGUCCGAGAUUUGUCCUAAACGAUGGAACUCCUUGCAAUUUUGAAGCUUUCUAUUUCAGCUUACCAAUAGGGGCUGUUAGUUUAAGAAAAUCGGAAAAAUAUUCCUAUGUUGUUUUAAAGAAAGGUGAAAGAGACCCUUCAGACCCUCAAUGGCCGCGAAUUAUAAGAGACACUUUGGUUAGAUCAAAACAUACAAUUUGUAGAAUGUGUACUAAAAACGCAAAUUUGGAAGAAGUGAUUUUUACAGCGUCAAAGCACGGAAAAAAUUUGUACUAUUGUGCACGAGCUUCAAAAUUGGGCGAUUUAGUGCCCGUUACCCUCCAAAAACAAGACAAAGAAAACGACAUAACCCACGAUGAAGACGAGUCGAGGUAGCAGGUAUGUUACUUGUACCAGCAAUAAAUGAAAAUAAAUUUAUUUGUAAAUAUUUUAAUUACAAAACUAAAACUGCA